AUGUCUGACAACAAUUUACCCAUUCUCCACUCUUAUUGGAGAGCAUCCAGUCCAUACAGAGUUAGAAUUGCUCUCGGCUUGAAGAAUAUUGAAUAUCAAUAUGCACCUGUUAAUUUAUUGGAAAAUAAACAAGCUUCCGAUGAAUAUAUGCAAAAGAAUCCUGCCAAGUUACUGCCAACAUUGGAGAUUGAUGGUCUCGUACUAACACAAUCUGUUCCGAUCAUGGAAUAUUUGGAAGAAACUAGACCAAACCAAGGAGUACAUUUACUUCCUUCCGAUCCAAUUAAAAGACACACUGUGAGACAAAUUACACAAAUGGUUGCCUCUGAUAUUCAACCAAUUCAAAAUUUGAGAUUGUUGAAAAAGCUUAAAGAGGAUUUUAAUGUUGAUGAGCAAGGAAAGGCUGCUUGGUCUAAACAUUGGAUUGAACUUGGAUUCAAUUCUAUUGAAAAGGUUUUGGAAAAGACUGCUGGAAAGUUUUGUGUUGGAGAUGAUGUAUCCAUGGCUGAUUGUUGUUUAAUUCCUCAAGUGUAUGGUGCCAGAAGAUACGGUGUUGAUAUGAACAAGUAUCCAAUCAUUGCCAGAAUUGAACGUGCCUGUGCUGAAAUGGAAGCAUUCAAGAAGGCUCAUCCAGAGCAACAAGUUGAUAAAUUUUAA